GGUUGGUACCCAACCUUGGCUGGCCAAGCUUGUAUGGGUGCAGUGCCUGGAAGCUGGAGAGCGGUUUCGGGGGAAGGAGUCACCACACGACUCGAUUUUUUUUUUCUGCCGACCACUCAGGUGCCCCUCCAACGCUAACAUUUCUUGUCGAGGUUCCGCUCUGCCCACAUAAUUUCCAAUGCUAAAGGAUCCAAUUCCGAGUUAAACGGGAUACCGUUGAAGCUUCCAGCAUCUUGCAACCAGACUCCUGCAUAACGUCAGGUGUGCUCAAUUGGCUGCUGAAGCUACUCGGGAAGCCGAUUGUUCAAGUUCAGUCUGCUCGGAUAGCAAAGGCGGCCGAUUUGCGGGUCAUUCCUCUCGGCAAUACACAAAGGUUCCUUUCGACCGCCCUGUUUGAGCUUCUCGGGGCUCCCCAACCCAAAGCCUCACCACCAGCCGGCCCAAUCGGCCUCGCAACUACAAUGCUUUCUGCCGCACGGGGCGCCUUCAGGGCCGGAGCCCGCCGGUGCAUUGGCGCCCGAGCUAUCGCUGCGCCUGCUCGCACCCUCCCCGUUCCUCGCCUCGCCGCAGCUCACGCCGCCCGCCGCUCCUUCUCCGCCUCGGCGCCAGUCCUCUCCCAGUCCAAUACCCGAGGCGUCGUCGUCCAGGCCAUCAGCAGCGUCGCUUCCCAGAGGGAGGUCCAGCAGUACCUCUCCCUCUUUACCUCGGUCGAGUCACAGAAGUUUGCCGUCAUCAAGGUUGGUGGUGCCAUUCUCACCGACUACCUUGACGAGCUCUGCCAAUCCCUCGCCUUCCUUUACGAGGUCGGCCUCUUCCCCAUCAUCGUCCACGGAGCCGGUCCCCAGCUCAACAAGCUUCUCGAGGAUGCCGGCGUCGAGCCCCAGUUCGAGGAGGGCAUCCGCGUCACCGACGCCAAGACUCUUGCCAUUGCCCGCCAGCUCUUCCUUGAGGAGAACCUAAACUUCACCAAGAAGCUCGAGGACUACGGUGUCAAUGUGCGUCCGGCCACCGCAGGCGUCUUCUACGCCGACUACCUCAACAAGGACAAAUGGGGAUACGUGGGCAAGAUCACCAAGGUCAACACGGAUAUCAUCGAGGGGGCUAUCAACCGUGGCUGCUUGCCGGUGCUGACCUCCCUCGCCUGGACCGCUGACGGCCAACUGCUCAACGUCAAUGCCGAUGUUGCCGCUGCCGAGCUCGCCAGGGCUCUUGAGCCGCUUAAGGUCGUCUACCUCUCUGAGAAGGGUGGCCUUUUUGACGGCGAUGGCAGCAAGAUUUCGACCAUCAACCUUGACGAGGAAUUCGACUGGUACAUGGGACAGGAGUGGUGCAAGUAUGGCACCAGGCUCAAGAUCAAAGAGACCAAGCAGUUACUUGACACCCUCCCCCGCACCUCUAGUGUCGCCAUCAUCCACCCCCGCGACCUGCAGAAGGAGCUGUUCACCGACUCCGGAGCCGGUACGCUUAUCAGGCGAGGCGGCAAGUUCCUUACUGCGACCAAGGUCUCCGAGUUUGGUGACCUUGCCAAGAUCAAGGAGGCCUUCUUGCGUGACCAUACCGACGAUCCCGAGGCCAAGACCCAGAUGGAGAACUACUUUGACUAUCUGAGCAAGGACGUCAACUUCAAGGCCUACUACGACGAGCACGUCAGGGUCUUUGCCGUUGUCCUGCCCCCCAAGCAGGAUGGCGGUCUGGCAAAGCUUGCCACCCUGACCAUGACUUCUAGCGGUUGGCUCAGCGGUGUGGCUGACACCAUUUUCGCUGCCAUCAGGAAGGACCACAAGAAGCUUGUCUGGGUUGUCGACGAUAACGAUGAGAACAUCUCAUGGUUCCAGGAGAAGGCCGAUGGUGCCGUGAACCAGAACGGCAAGGUUUUCUUCUUCUACGGAGUCCAGGACAUGAACGAGGUGGUGCCUGCCAUGAACCAGUUCUUCAAGGAGGGUAACGCGACUCUGUACAGCGAAGGAGAUAUGGCCAAGGUCGAGCAGCUCAGCUCUGGCGUGAGCACCUCUGGCGCCACUCGCCCCGUUGGCCGUCCGCAAGGCCAGCAGAUCAGGUCGUACCACACUUCCCCUCGCAGGCCUACCGUCACUCAGCCGUUCCGUACCAGCAGGGGGCCAGCCUUUUCCCGUAGCUACGUCAGCACUACGAACCCCAACCCUCCAUUGGGCAAGAAGAACGCGUCGAACACCAGGCAGGCCAAAGUUGCACUGAUUGGCGCUCGUGGUUACACUGGCCAGGCCUUGAUCACCCUCCUCAACUCACACCCACACAUGGAGCUGAAGCACGUCAGCUCGAGGGAGUUGGCGGGCAAGAAGCUUGAGGGCUACAACAAGAGCGAAAUCAUCUACGAGAACCUCAGCCCGGAGGACAUGACGGAUAUGGAGGAGAGUGGCGAGAUCGACUGCUGGGUGAUGGCACUGCCUAACGGCGUUUGUGCGCCAUAUGUCAACGCUAUUUACCAGGGCCGCCGCGGACGUUCUGAUGCUCUCAACAGUGUCAUCGUCGACCUGUCAGCAGACUACCGCUUCGACGACAGCUGGACUUAUGGUCUUCCUGAGCUUGUUUCGCGUGACUCCAUCUCCCAGGCCAAGCGCAUCUCAAACCCGGGUUGCUACGCCACAGGCGCGCAGCUCGCCAUCUCUCCUCUCCUUGAGCACGUCGGCGGUCAGCCUUGGAUCGCAGGCGUCUCGGGCUACUCUGGCGCAGGAACCAAGCCGUCGCGCAAGAACGACACGACCUUCCUGGCGGACAACAUGCUUCCCUACAGUCUGACUGACCACAUGCACGAGCGUGAGAUUAGCAGGCAGUUGGGCGUCGAUGUGGCUUUCGUGCCGCACGUCGCACCCUGGUUCUCUGGCAUCCAGCUCACCAUCGGCAUCCCGCUCAACAAGACCAUGAACAGCCGUGACAUUAGGCACAUCUACCAGGACCGUUACGCCGGCGAGAGGCUAGUCAAGAUCAUUGGCGAGCCUCCUUUUGUCAAGGAUAUUGCCAACAAGCACGGUGUCGAAAUUGGUGGCUUCCAGGUGCACUCGUCGGGCAAGAGGGUCGUCGUCUGUGCUACCAUCGACAACCUCCUGAAGGGUGCUGCGACUCAGUGUUUGCAAAACAUGAACCUUGCUCUCGGCUACGCCGAGUAUGACGGCAUUCCCAUCAUGUAGACAAACACAAAUGCGAAAGGGCACAAUUUCAUCCACCAUCUAUGUAUCGGCUCCCUAUCCCCAUGUUUCAAAAAAAGAAACCGCGCGAGGAAUUUGAAGGCAGCAAGUAGAUCCCAUUUCCCGUUAGGCGUCAGGCAUCCAAGGAGUUUUAGCUUUCUUUCCGUCUCUCUCUUGUUCCUUUUAUGCUUGUCUAGUUUUAUGUUUUCGCGAGAUACUAAAAAGAAUCUUCAUUGCUGGGUCUCUUUUUUUGAUAUGAUGGAUCUCUUCUGGUAUAUUAACUUAUUUCUCUGUUAUCUUAUCAAACGCGCAAUACAAAAUUUGCAUCUUUUUUUGGUUCUGGUUAGGUUUGUGGGCGCGUCCUGUCUAGUGCCAACUCUAUUGCCAUAUAAGUGCAACUCCUCGGACCAAAACAAUGAAAUGAUUUUUAGACUCUCGCGAGUUAAAUGUUUCCCUUUCUCCAAUUCCUGCUUCAAUG